AAAUUCUGAAAUUUAAGUAAUUUUUUUCUUUGAUUUUUAGUAUAGUAAAUAAUUACUUUAUACAAACAAUACAGACAUUCCAGAGUAAGACAUUCUAUGGUAACGCUGUAAAAUGGGAACUGUCGAAAGAGCUGACUGGGUUUUCAGAAAACGAGAUUAUGAAUUGGAAAGAAAGAAAUUUAGGAGUAACUAUGCAGAGACAAGUGAGCAUCCGCUUAGAGGUACAGUGGUAAAGAAUGUAUCUGGAACUAACAUUCGCUCUUCAACAUCUGAAAAACUUGAAAAACAAACACCCUCAGAUCCUCUGUCAUUGUUUGCCAGUCCAGAAGGUUUAGACGGGACCGAUCCAUUAUCAUUGUUGGCAAGAGGAGAAGAUGUACCAAGUUUUGGAAGAAAAAAGAAAGGAAGUGUUGACUCCGGCAAAAAAUUCGGUGAUACAGAAGGUUACAUUGAUAGCACAUUUGAACCAUGGUCAACCAAAAGAAGUGGCAUUUUAUCCAAGUACACUACAUCUGAGAAGUUGUCCAUUUCAACAAGCUUUCUUUCUGGCAGUGAUAGAGAAAAACUUGUGGUAAAACAACAGACAUCAACAACAGAUAAAUUGAAAACCCGGCUUGAACAACUUGAUGAUUUUGAGGAGGGUUCUAUCCAAGAGAUGUUAAAUCUUAGUCAAACCGAAUAUGUUAAUCGUAUUGAAGAACUUAACUCAACAUUAUUAUCUGCUUGGGGAUUAGACCAAAGAGUGAAAGCUUUAAAAAUUGGAAUUCAGUGUUCAAAGCUGUUGGGUGACACAGCUGUCUUGCAAUUUUAUCCAAGUAAAUUUGUGUUGAUAACUGAUAUUCUGGACAAUUUUGGCAAGCUUGUGUUUGAGCGAAUUCAUGGAAAAUCUGUUACAUACACUGCUGGUAGUAAUACUCCACGACCACUUCCAGAAAAUUUUACACCAGAAGAAGUACCAGAAUCAGCAAAAGAAACAUGCCGCAAUUGGUUUUAUAAAGUAGCAUCAAUUCGAGAACUCAUCCCAAGAUUAUAUGUCGAGAUGGCCAUCUUGAAGUGUUACAGUUUUCUAACUACAGGGGAGUAUUCGCAAGCGUUAAUGCGAUUGACACACCAGAUACGAGGAAUUGCUGAUCCAUUAGUAGCUGUGUAUGCGCGAGCUUACUUAUGCAGAGUUGGUAUAAUUGUAGCUCCACAGUUUAAAGAUCAUUUAAAGCCAUGUUGGUUUGACUACUUGUCAUCUUAUAAACAGUUAAAGGAAGGUGUUGUACAGAACAAGCUUGCAGCUCAAGGCCUAAGCAUGCCAACUUAUCUACAGUUAUUCCCGCCAGCUUUGGAUUGGCUACUGCAGUGUAUUGCAUAUAAAGCUUCCGAUACGGCGCUGACAGAAAUUCUCACAAAAUGUAACACAUGCAACAGUGCUUUAAUCCUGAACUCUGUGAUGUCAGCAUUUGAUCCAAAGUACAUUGCAUCAAGAGCCAUGGAAUUUAGCAACUUGAUAAAAGACACUGAAGACUCUGGAUUUCCAAAGUAUCUCUUGUACAGAUCUCUUGGUACAAGUCUUGCAAUGGAAGAUCCUCCUGAUGAUAUUAAGUUAACCAUUUUGAAUGAAGUCUGGAAAGUUGUGACCAAAUUAAAAGAACCUUCAGAGUAUAUCUCAUGUGCUGAAGUAUGGAUCGAAUACCCAGUGAAGAAUUUUACGUGCCAUGAAGUGAACACACUUUUAGGAAAUAUUGUGAAACAUAUAACACCUGACCGCGCCUUCGAAAAUUUUUACCCACAGCUUCUAUCUAUUUUGACGAAAGUUGUUUCGAAAGACGAAUUUAGCAAUGUGCUUGCAAUGGAUAACUUUUUGCCAUUUUUUGACAUGUUUCAAAAAGAAUCUGUUAAAGUGGAAGCCUCUCGCACCAUUAUGGAAGCAUAUAACAGAACAGCAAAAGAACUGUCUGAUCCUGUUCUGAUCAAUUCUCUGUUUUCAAUAUGCAAAACAAUGCAUGACUCUGUCAGUGCAAUCACGCUCGACGAUGAUCGCCGUGUGAUGGGGAAUUUGAUAUCUGGCUUCUUACGAACAGUUUCGUUCGGACGAGAUUUCGAACGCCAGCUUACAUUCUAUGUGGAAGCUCGCGCCAUGUUUUCAAAUCUAGAUGUUGUUUUGGUGAUGUUGGUACAGAGCGUGAAUCUGUUGACAAUGAAUACCAAGUUUAUAGUCAAAUGUAACCACACUAGGAAAACCGCAGCUUUUGUUAGGGCUUGUAUGGCGUACUCGUUUAUCACAAUCCCUUCAAUGACUGACAUUUUCACAAGGCUGAAGCUCUACCUGCUCUGUGGACAAACCGCGUUGGCCAAUCAAGCCAUAGGACAAGCGGAUGCAUUCUUUCGAGCUGCGAUCAACUUAUUACCCGACGUACCUAAAACAAUAGAACUGGAUAACAAGGCUCGAGCAUCACAACAAUAUUUUGUUGAAUAUAUUAACAGCUUGCUAUCGACUCUUCUUAUCGUUCCGGACCACCCUGACCACGAGGUGUUGUAUUUAUUCCGCGGCUUACUCAAUGUUUUGCAAGACUAUGCCUGGGAUGACAGCACUGACGCAAAGACAAGGGUUUAUUUGAACGCAGUCUGUGUUUUAUCAGCUGCUUGCCAAGAAUUAUACAUAUAUCAAGUAUACAAAGUGGAUUCAAACGACAAGUUGUACGGUUCCGGACAAAAAUUUAUUAACGAGAUUACAAGUAUGAUCGAGACAAUCGUGAAGGAAAUUUUUGAACAGUUAAAAGAUAUGGGAAAUAAGAAUUUAAAGAAGCAAUCAUUUUUGGCAACAGCUUUUUUUAACAGAAUACUUAGUCAUGGUCGAUUAAGCUCCCCAACCAUGGUCAAACUAGCUCAAAAUUUAUGGCGACUUGCAACUCAACAUGGACAAGCUGAUAAAGAAUUAUUGGCGCGGUUUAAAAUGACGAUCGAGGCAAGAUCUUCGAACGAUAUUGGUUAUCGAGAUUUGUUACGCUUCAUUAAUGCUCUGGUCCAGCCCUCUUAACAUAAUAAUAAUCUCCUUCCAUAUAUUUUUUUUCACUUAGAUAUAUUACUAAAUUCUUUUGAGAUUACGUAAUUUUGAAUGAGUUAAUCAGUAAUGUAAAACAGGGGCGGCCCGUAAACUACACUGCCUUUCGCUAUAUAAAUAUAAAGGGUUGCGGAGCAGGAAAGGGUUCCUAUUUUCGCAAGCAAAAAAUUGUUCUCAGUGUUUUUUUUCACUAAGUCAAAAUAGCAGCCGAAAUCCCGUGUGACAAUCUUAGAUAAAAUAGGUAGGCGAUUCGAAAUUUUUGCGGUUUUUUUUAUGAAUGGAAAUGUAGCAUAGCUUCAAACUCGUCCUCUUAUCGGGUCUGUCUUUUUGUCGGACUUUUUUCUGUUUAAAAAUAUAAAGCUGGUAGUAUCUUAAUUAUAUUGAACUUCAUUUUGUAAAUAAUUUUCUAUGAACAAAUUUUUUAUAUGUUGA